GCAACAUUUGAGCUUCGCCGAAGCAGGCUGUGUUUUGCACUUUUAUUGGCUAAGGCCGUUUUUGGGGGAAGUGUGUAAAUCUCAGGGUGCCGAAGCUGAGGGGCUCAGGGGGGGGAAAUGUUACCAUUUAUGAUACAAUCCUGUUAAAAUGUUACGUUGACGGCAGCGAGUCGCUUUUUUUUUGAUGAUGCAAAUACUGCACGCAAUAAUGCACUACUGUGAGCCGAAAACAGAACGUAUACCCGCUAAAAAUAAAUAAUAUUUAAAAAUAAUAUCCAUAAAAAUGAUAAAUAAGCAAUAGGUAAGGGCAGCAAUAAUAGAAACUAUCUAGCAAGUUCAUCACUGAACUGUGACGGAUUUUUAAGCCAAAGGAAAGCACUUUGAAACAGGUGAAUGGAUAUUAUUUGCGAAUCCUUUAAAAUUUUGAAGCCUUUGCUUUUGCUCGUGUUUAUUCUCCAAGAAAAGGUUACUGUCCACCCACGUCAGGUCGGUUUGAAUGACUGGUGCUGGAGGCCUGCAGUAGCUCCUGGUCUUCCACUAUCUGCAUGACCUUCAUAAACAUAAGUGUCCUGUUGUUUCCAGCGACAGAUAAACCCCAAGAAAUCAUUAUAAACAAACUAAUAAUGAAUAAUCUGUGAAUAAUCGAUCAAAUACAGGUAUAAGUUUGCCUGCAUUGGGUAUCACUGUGCUGCUAAACUGAAGGCCUCCCUUUCAUGCGUUUCACAUUUAUGUAAAUUUAAACAAAAACCCGUUCAGUCGUGUUCUGAGCGUUAAGAGUUUGCGACGUGGAGUGUAAUUUUAGGAUCUCCAUCGCGGACAGCGGUAACCUCGAGUAAGGUUCGUCACCAGUGAGAAUUUGAGGGCAGCAUCUUGUUGGAGCCGUGGUACUGAAGCUGUGGCUCAAAUUCAACUCUGUUUUUACUCCCGAGACCCCUUGUUUUCUCCAACAUUUUACUGGGCUCCGAAAAGGCUGACCGUGCUUCUGAUCUACAGAAGACUCAUUUGAAAGAUGAAUUUUUCAUGACAACAUCCAGGGCCAGACAGACAGAGACACAGUGCCAAAUAGUGAAGUAACAAAAAAGCACACCUGCAAAGAAGACAAGUUUCAUCGACUGAAAAACGUCUCAGGUGACAAAAUUUGAGGUCCAAGUCCUGUCACUGUAAGACCAGCAGGGCAGUCUAGCUACCAGCUACCGUGCGCCUUUGUUACAUCAAGCUCAUCCCCGAUCCAUGGGCAUGUCUGCACUGCGGCUGCUUCUCAUCCCAGGUCUGCUGUGCGCGUUGCAUGUGUCCCUGUGCAAGGCAGCGUGUGCGGAGGUGGACUCCGACACAGAAGCGGUGGCUGGCCAGGGAUUCAAGCUCGGCUGCAUCUCCUGUAAAAUGAGGGGGGAGGUCGAAGGCAGCGCCAGCGUGGAGUGGUACUUCCGAGCCAGGGGGGAGUCCAAUUUCGUUCAUAUCUAUACCUAUGAGGACAGGACUCCUACCAUAUUGGAUGAGCGCUUUGAGGACCGUGUGGACUGGAAUGGCAGCAAGAACACCAAUGACAUUCAGGACGCGUCCAUCUAUCUCCUCAACGUCACCUUCAACGACUCUGGGGCUUACCGCUGCUUCUUCAACCGCAUCCUCACCUACACCUACUAUGAGUUCCGUACCACAGCAAGCAAAAUCGUCCACCUCACAGUGGUGGCCAAAGCCACCAGGGGAACGGCAUCCAUCGUGUCGGAGGUGAUGAUGUACGUGUCCAUCAUCGGCCUGCAGCUGUGGCUGCUGGUGGAAAUGAUCUACUGCUACAGAAAGAUCGCAGCAGCUGGGGACGAGGCGCUGAGAGAGAGCGCGGCGGAAUAUCUAGCAAUAGCCUCGGAGAGUAAAGACAACUGUGCCGGCGUUCAAGUGGCAGAAUAGUACAGGCCUCAUAUGCUGCCAAGCCCUCUCACUAAGUUACCCAAACACAACAAUUUCUUAAUCUUGAACUCUGGCCACACUCUCACUUCACCGAAUAACGAAAUGCGGGCACAAAGACGGGCAGUUGUCUUUUUUUUUUCAUAUUUUAAAGAAGUCUGCACCUGAGACAAAACUGAAAACGGACAAAAGCUGGUGGAGGCAUGAGAGGAGCAAUCCUACGGAUCACCUCAUCAUAUCUGUGUUUCUAUCACAAAAAUUAUUACAACAGCUCAAAAUUAUUAUAGACCUGGUGAAUGAUUUGAGCUUACAGGGAGUGAUACGAAGCAGUGUGACUCAGAGGUGGGUAACCGUUGUAACCGUGAGCUUAUUAACUGAACGCUUAAAAGCACCACUACUACCUGGUACUACUGUAGUAUCCUUGAGUAAUGUACUUACCAUAAAUAGCUCCAGGUAAAAUACAUAAUUGUAUAAAAGGAUCUAGUACUGUAAGUUGUGCUAGCUGAGCAAGGUAUUAAUAAUAAUUUUGCUGUUUUCUCACAUGGCAGGGGUGCACAUCCCACAAGGCAUAUUAAAUCUAUGCUUUCAGAGUCUGUUGAACAAGCACUUGAAUUUCCUCUGUCAAAUGAAACUGAAAUAAAUUGCAGCGCAUUUAUUUUGCCUAACUUAUGGGGUUACAUAAAUAGGGUAUAUUUUCUAUUUGGGAAAUUUCACUGAAGUGUGAUGAUCAGUCCACAGGGUGGAGCUAAGGGGUUUGGGAAGCUUUUAAUUUUCUUUUUAUCACAAGUGUUAAUAUCCAGAAAACCCCAGUUAGAAUUUAGCUUCCAAAAGCCUCUUGCGAUCUCUUUUCAUUUACAGGUACCUCAGGCAGAUCCUUUCAUAUAUGUCGGCUGUCCCUGUACAUAGGCUUUGUUUUCAUCUUGACUCUUCUAGCAUGUCACAUGCUGCUGGAUGUUUGUAGUGUUACACUCACUACACCUGAAUUUUUCACAUGGCACAGCAAAACUAGCUGGGGGAUUAAAAUCACUAUUAGCCUCAGCAGAGAUUAUUAUGUACGCGUUACUUGGAAUUAACAUAGAGGUUAUAGGAACGUUUAGUCAACCUGGAACUUUUUUGCACUAGUUAGCUAAUUCCGUCAGUUAAGGAAGACGUUUUUCUUGAAAAGUAAGUUACAUUUUUCGAAGCAGUAAGAUCCUUACGGUGAUCCUGACAUGACUCAGUGCCUCUGUCUCCCUCUGUACAUAUGCUCCCGAAGCACCAGUGAUCGUGUGAACAUUGUCUGUGUGCUAUAAUUUUCCAUUCCGUUGUAUUUUCUGUUGUUUUGAUUAAUUUGCAAAAGACACAUGAAUAUAUUAAUGUAUAAUAAUCUAUAGGAGGCUCUUCUGUUUAUGUACAGUUCUCUCUGUAUAUGCAAUGUGUUUAACACCAGAGAGACGUGUCUGUAAUAGGGCAGCACAUUGGAUAAGGGCAUAAACAUAUUGCGUGAAAAUUGCUUGACGGUGUGGAUCUCAGGAAAGGUCCUACUCUUGCAUCUUUGAGUAAUUUACUGUAAUUUACUAGUCCGAAUUUGCUCCAGGUAAUAUGUCCUGUUCGGUGAAUGUGUAAAAUUUAAAUCUUUCUGAAUAAAAGUUUCAGGUAAGGACUCACAUAAUAAAAUAAUGAAAUGAAAUGGCAUGUUGAAACUAUACCUCCGUCCAAUUACAAUGUCGAAAAUGUGACUGUAUGCUUCUACUACGUUUUGCCUCUACCUCCUAUAUAGUAUGCUAUAUUUGCAACUGCUAGUUUCAGUAUAUUAUUUAUGCAACUUUUUGGUUGCAGUGGAAAAAAUGCACGUCAACUCGGACGCUGUAAUCUAAGUUGUAAUUACAUGCGUUACUGUGAUUUAUGUGGGUUUUUUUGGGUAUGUA